AGCCAACUCAGACAACUGAUGAAAAGGUCACUACACUGGAUGCCUCCUGCGACUGAAUACGUUAUAUAUACCCUGUUAGACACUACACGAUAAAAGAAUGACGUCAUGGCGAAGGCAGUUCUCGCGACACUACACGAGACGAGACCUGAAGUGUUUCUUAGCAGUGCUGAUACUGCUGGUUGUCACCGUCAUCUGCUUGAUCAUCCGCUCACAGCACCUUCACCACCACGACGACGAGGGCGAUGACAUCAGUGUGGGGCAAUCCGGUGGAGGACUGGACCUACAUGCGAGGGAGAAUUUUCUGUUGCCGCCAAGCGUUAUCACCGGAAGUCCUCCCAUCAGCUGGCCGGACGUGUCCAUACUGAAGGAUUUCAGGUCACCAUAUAUCGUUUCUAGCGACUAUUUAAAUGAGUUCAAACUCCCUCGAGACGUUAAGAAAAGCGUCUCGCAAACUAAGCUGAUCACGUGGUACCUACCGGCCUCAGCAGUGAUGCGUGAGGAUCUUUUUGACGAGGACGUCUUCGACAACUGCCCUGCGCGUAGAUGCCGUUUCAUCAGACCGGAGGUUGUCGGCGACAAGCAAGUAGAUGCCAUCGUCUUUCCAGGGUGGCUGGAAGAGACAGAGAUCCACCUGCCAGAACGCAUCCAGAUCAGGUGUUCAUUUUCCAUGACAUGGACCCACCCAUCAAGUCCCUCCGAGCUUUUGGUGGUGACGCCUGGAAUUCAGUAUUCAACUGGACUUGGAGCUAUCGGCGCGAUUCUGACAUAUGGGAGCCGCGAGGUGUGUUGACCUACGACGACCAAAACGACAACAUCGAGAAGACCACGUCCUACUUCAGGGAGGUGGCCAAGAGCAAGAGCCGUAGCAAACCUGUAGCGUGGUUCGUCAGCACGUGUCACGUGAACAGCCAGCGCGAACUGUACGUCCAAGAACUGCAGAAGCACAUCCGGGUGGACGUGUACGGCACUUGCGGAAACAUGACCUGCCAGAAGAGCUUCGCCUGUCUUGAAAUGCUUUCCAGAAAGUACUAUUUCUACCUCAGCUUCGAGAGCGCCCUCUGUGAGGAUUUCAUCACCGAAAAGUUCUUCCACAUGUUCUUUAAAGGCAUACACAUCGUGCCGGUUGUCAUGGGCGGCGCAGAUUACAAAAGCUUCUUCCCGGACGGCACCUACAUCCAUACGGACUGGUUCGAAUCUCCCAGCGACCUGGCAGCAUACCUGAACAGACUCAUAGAAGACAAAGACGAGUAUGCCGAGUACCUGUUGCGCAAAAGCUACUUUAUGUACGAAGAAUCCGGAAGUGACGCAGCUCUCUGUCAGUUGUGUCAACGUCUGCAUCACUUAGAGGAAAGCAGAAAAGUCUACGAUGAUAUCAAGAGCUGGUACCGAGAUGAUCAGUGCAGAGCCCCCAGACCUGUAUGAAUCCACACGGACUAUUUUUUUCACUAGUUUGACAAACUGAAAGUUAUUAUACUCGGGGGCGAUCGACUGGGGAAUUCGCAAGGAACUCUAUUUCUUGCGAGUAGCGACAAUUACAAACGAAGACUUAAAUGUUGGGACAACACAUUUAAUGACUGGUGCAGUAGAGUGUUCACAAACUGAGACAA